AUGAAAGCAAUCCUCGCCACUGCCCUCUUCGCCUUGAUUUCGGGUACAGCUUAUGGCUAUCCCAACUUAGGGUUCAAUCCUGGUGCCAAGUUUGGCAGUGGCAGUUUCGGCAUCGGUGGACCCGGUUUCAACUUUGGUGGUGGCGGCAUCGGCAACGGAGCGGCUCCUUUCAAGGCCGGUGCCGGGUUCGGUGGAGGCAACUUCGGUGGACCCGGUGUCAAGGCCGUUGGCACUGGCAAUGGGCUCGGUGGUGGCUUCGGAAAUUCUGGCUUUAACGCAGGUGGCCACUUCGGCUACGGUAGCUUCGGCUAUGGAGGAGCGGGUUUCGAGUUCGGCGCUGGCAACCUCGGCAACGGGGCAGCUGGUUUCAAGGCCGGCGCUGGCAACGGUGGUGGUAGCUUCGGCUUUCGAGGACCUGGUGUGAACUUCGGUACUGGCAAUGGUUUCGGCAGUGUCGGCUUUGGAGGACAGAGUCUCCAGGCAGCCGGUGCCGGCCUUGGACUUGGUGCAGGCUUCGGAGGAUUGAAGCCAGGUUUUGGCAACGGGUUCAGCAGCUUCGGCAGCGGGGGACCUGCUUUCAACCCUGGUUUUGGCUUCCGGGCUGGAUAUGCCCAAGGAUUCAGCGCUGGUAUUCAAAAACUCGGCUCCAAUAACGGUUUCGGUGCCUACUGGUCCAUAGCCAGCACGAGACUUCAAACCAGCACUCCCAUAGGCAAAGAUGCCAGGACCAUAUCCCUGGCCAUAUGCAGCACCGAAGCCCACACUAGACUACAAACCAACGCUGGGCCUGUAUCCAGCAGCAGCAUUGACACCGACUCCUCCGAAACCAACAGCAGGAGUGUAACCAGCACCGAUCAUCAAAGUAGCUCCUCCAUAAAUGAGAACACCAGCACCGUAGCUCGAGCUGUAUCCAGCCCUGAAGGUCACACCAUACUUCAAGCUAGCCCUUCCAAAGCCAGUACUGGUUCCUAG